AAAUCCCAAGACAGUUUCAAUUCCGGUCGAUAGUCAAUAAAAUAACGAGCUUUCAGCAAUUUGUGUCAGAAACCUACUGCAGGAUUAUCUCAGAGGCAGGCCAACAGGUGGACCUACCGAUCAAAGAUGAACAAGUCUACACUUCUGGUUGCUUUUCUGAUGUUGGGCCUCUUCGUGGCGCCCUCUAGGGCCUGGCCGGACUGGCUCGACAGGGCUACGGAUUUCGUGUGUCAAGCCUGGCAGGGGGCAAGUGACAUGUCACGUGCUUACGAUGACAUGCGUGACGCUAACUUCAUCGGCUCAGACAAGUACUUCCAUGCACGAGGCAACUAUGAUGCUUCCCAAAGGGGACCAGGGGGAGCAUGGGCCGCAGAGGUCAUUAGCAAUGCACGUGAAACAUGGCAGGGUGACAUCAGCGGGCGUGGGGCUGAGGAUACCCGGGCUGACCAACAGGCUAACGAGUGGGGGCGUAAUGGUGGCGACCCCAACGUCUAUCGUCCAGAUGGGCUCCCUGAUAGAUACUAAUUUCGGGAUGCAUCCUGGAGCGAUUGCGUCAUUUCACGGUGGCAGUCUUUCGGAUCCUUUGUAACACAAUGAGAUCUUUCUUAUUCCAGCUUAAGCCUUGUCAACAUUAACAUCUGUGAGCUUUGAAUAAAAAUAAUAUUAUGGAUACUUACACAGAAAAAUUAGGGGUUUUGAAUUUUCAAAGAGGGAAAUCAAACUUUUUUUUUUGUUAAAGAGAUAGGCCCUACUAGGUACGAAGGUUCCAGGAACACAAAUCGAAACUCGGACUUGAAUAAUUUGAUUGUGCUAAAAAAACGAAAGUCGGAUUUUCGUUAUAAAUAAAAGGCUCGAUCAUCCUGUUGUUCUUUAGAAUGUGAUCUUCACUAAGUGUUAAGAUACUGUGGUUUUUUUUUUCUUUUUAGGUUGAAAGUAACGUUGUUAAGUAAACUUCUUGUCAGUUUUGUCAUAAUUGUCUUGUCUCAUUUUUGAUAAACAUUGAAUUAAAUUAGAAACAA